UAAAUUUUACCAACGGUACGCACCCCCCGCCCCCUGGUCCUCUUUAGCGAAACUGCCUUUAACCUACGCCUUCCUUCAACAUAUAAAACCCUUCUCCAUUCUUCCACUCUUCAUUUUAUCGUCACUGAGCUCUUCAUUGGUAGUAUCAACGUGAGCGAGAUUUUUUGAUCUGAGUGCAGAAAUGGCGACGAAGAAGAGCGUGGGUUCUUUGAAGGAAGCCGAUCUGAAGGGGAAGAGAGUUCUCGUGAGAGUGGAUCUGAACGUGCCGUUGGAUGAUAACUUGAAGAUUACUGAUGACACCAGAAUUAGAGCCGCCGUCCCCACUAUUAAGUACUUGAUGGAGCAUGGAGCUAAAGUCAUUCUCACCACUCACCUCGGGCGUCCAAAAGGAGUCACCCCAAAGUACAGUUUGAAGCCUCUUGUUCCUAGACUCUCUGAACUUCUUGGACUUGAGGUUAAGAUGGCUGAUGACUGUAUUGGCGAAGAGGUCGAGAAGUUGGUGGCUGGGUUGCCAGAGGGAGGUGUUCUUCUCCUGGAGAAUGUCAGAUUUUACAAAGAAGAGGAGAAGAAUGAUCCUGAGUUUGCAAAAAAGCUUGCUUCCCUUGCGGACUUGUAUGUUAAUGAUGCAUUUGGAACUGCACACAGAGCUCAUGCUUCAACAGAGGGAGUGGCCAAAUAUCUGAAGCCUUCUGUUGCAGGAUUCCUGAUGCAGAAGGAGCUUGAUUAUCUAGUUGGAGCUGUGUCCAACCCCAAGAAGCCAUUUGCUGCAAUUGUUGGUGGCUCCAAGGUCUCUACUAAAAUUGGUGUCAUAGAGUCACUGUUAGAGAAGGUAGACAUCCUCUUGCUUGGUGGAGGGAUGAUCUUUACCUUCUACAAAGCUCAAGGACAUGCUGUAGGGUCCUCACUUGUGGAGGCUGACAAGCUUGAUCUUGCAACUUCUCUUAUAGAGAAGGCCAAGGCUAAGGGGGUAUCUCUUCUGCUACCUUCAGAUGUAGUUAUUGCUGACAAGUUUGCCGCUGAUGCUAACAGCAAGGUUGUUCCAGCAUCUCAAAUUCCUGAUGGAUGGAUGGGUUUAGAUAUUGGACCAGACAGUAUUAAGUCAUUCGGUGAAGCACUGGAGACCACCAAGACCAUAAUCUGGAAUGGGCCUAUGGGUGUGUUUGAAUUUGACAAGUUUGCAGCAGGAACAGAGGCUAUCGCCAAGAAAUUGGCUGAACUUAGUGGUAAAGGAGUGACCACAAUCAUCGGAGGAGGUGACUCUGUAGCAGCUGUUGAGAAGGUCGGUCUGGCUGAUAAGAUGAGCCAUAUCUCAACUGGAGGUGGUGCCAGCUUGGAACUUCUUGAGGGGAAAACACUCCCUGGAGUCCUUGCCCUUAAUGACGCAUAAGCAGAUCUGUGUUGCUAUUUCUAUUUUGGUGCAUCCCUGUUAGUUGUCAUGUCUGGUUUUAACCAGAGCGGAAUUGGGUAGAUCUUAGAGCAGGUCCUGUAGAGUGUUAGGCCAAAUGCUAAUAAUCAUCUCGUCCGAGACUCGGAUAGAUUGCCUGAAUAAUUUUCUGUGUUUUGUGAUUGAAAUCCAUUAUGGUAAUGGUUUUCUGGGAUUUUGCUCCCUCUCAUGUUGACUUACAGAGUUGCUGCAGUUCAUGAACUACCA